CCGUGACGGGGACCAUCCUGUCGGGCCCAUCCUGUGGGAGCUUCCUGGCUUGGGGAAACCUCAGGACGGAGAGCCCAGGGCAGCGAUGUCGCAGUGCACGGAGCUCGAGUGGGCCGUGCAGGUGCUGGUGAACAACUUUGACAAGUACUCGAGCCGCUGCUGCUGCUGCAAGAAGCCGCGGCGCAUCAGCAAGAAGGAUUUCCGCAAGAUGCUGAGCCGGGAGCUCAACCACAUGCUGACGGACACCGGGAACCGCCGCGCGGCCGACAAGCUCAUCUGCGACCUGGACGAGAACAAGGACGGGCGCAUCAGCUUCGACGAGUACUGGACCUUGAUAGGCGGCAUCGCCAGCCCCAUCGCCCAGAUCAUCCGCCAGCAGGAGCAGAGCAUCAAACUCACCAAGUAGCCGCUGCCGCAGGACCCUCCUGGACCAACCCAACCCCUCCCCUGCUUCUCCACGACCCCCUCCCUUUUUCCCCCCCUCCCCACGCUUUGUGCCCUCCCAGCUCGCCCCGAGCUCGCCGGGGCUCUGCCGACCGAGCCGUGCCCGGGCUGCGAUGGGGGCGGGAUGACCCUGGGGGUGGGAUUUUGGGGGUGCGAGGCUCCUCCUCGCCCUGCCUGCCCUGCCCUCCUUUCCUCCUCCCCUUCCUUCCUUCCUUCCUGCCUUCCACGGGCGCCACGAGUGGGGCGAGGAGCGGAGGGAGAGGUUUUGCCCUCCUGGGUGUUCUCAGAGCUCCGCUGGCAGAACCCCCCCCCCGUCACAGCCGGGACCUCCCUCCCCUCGCAGCUCCCCCUCAGAGCCCGGGGAGGGGGGUCUUUCCCUGGGCUAAGGGGGUCUUUCCCCGUGGCCGGGCUGGUGGAGGGAGCGCCCCGUGGGGGCGACACGGCCGUGGUUAUUUAUUUUAUUGCAGCAAUAAAAUAAAAUCCGGAGGAGCA